AUGCGACUUUUUAUUUGCUUCGCGCUUUUUGCAUCAGUUUUUUCGUUCGAUAGAGAGGCGCUGGACAGCUGUGAUGACUUGGAGUGCUUGAGUGAGCUAAUGACCAGCGCUUUUGGGUUCAAAACGGCUCCAACUGAGGACGAUGGCUUUCUAGCGACUUGGUUAUGGUACGAUGAAAUUUCAAAAGCCCUGGCGGAGAAAAUGAGUGAAGCGAAGAUGGCAAAACGGGGUGUUGGGAACUUAUAUGAACGUUUUCUUAUGAAAAUCAGCAAGAAAAGUAUCACAAAAUUAGCUAGAGGAAAGAGCACGUACUUUAUUGAAGAAAGCGUGUCGCUUAUAUUAGCCACUUUAGGAAAGAGUAAAUACCAACAAGACAAGGUCAAAUGA